CCUACAUCAAACAUGACCAACUCACACCAAAAGGGCUCGACCCUAGCCAUGACCUUGGCCUUGCUCAUGCUUCUAGUAGCCAUGGCCUCCCGAGCCACUUCACGCACCCUCAACGACCCAACCAUGAUAGCCAGACACGAGCAGUGGAUGGCUCAUCACGGGCAUAUCUAUACAGAUGAAAAUGAAAAACAGUUACGUUUUCAAAUAUUUAAAAACAACGUCGCCUAUAUUGAGGCACAUAAUGCGCGUUUAGACCAAAGUUACACACUUGAAGUCAAUAAAUUCGCUGAUUUAACCAAUGACGAGUUUCGCGCUUCACGUAACGGUUAUAAAAAACAACCAGAUUCAGAUUCACGUGUGGUGUCCGGUUUAUUUCGUUACGCGAAUGUAAGUGCGGUACCAAAUGAAGUUGAUUGGCGAAAAGAAGGCGCGGUAACACCCGUUAAGGACCAAGGCAAUUGCGGAUGUUGUUGGGCCUUUUCGGCGGUGGCAGCCAUGGAAGGAAUUAACAAGCUUGAAAAUGGGAAACUGGUGUCGUUGUCGGAGCAAGAACUAGUUGACUGUGAUAUCGAUGGCAUUGAUCAAGGUUGUGAAGGAGGUCUAAUGGAGAACGCUUUCCAGUUUAUUGAAAAACGAAAGGGUCUAGCGGCGGAAUCUGUCUAUCCAUAUACCGGAGAAGAUGGGAUGUGCAACACCAAGAAAGCAGCCAUUCCGGCGGCCAAAAUCUCCGGCCACGAGAAAGUUCCGGCCAACAACGAAAAAGCUCUGUUGCAAGCUGUAGCAAACCAACCUGUUUCGAUUGCCAUUGAUGCAAGUGGAUAUGAGUUCCAGUUUUAUUCGAGUGGGGUUUUUACUGGAAGUUGUGGAACUGAACUUGACCAUGCUAUAACUGCAGUUGGAUAUGGGGCUACUAUGGAUGGGACCAAAUAUUGGCUAAUGAAGAAUUCAUGGGGUACAUCAUGGGGCGAGAACGGGUAUAUACGAAUAAAAAGAGAUAGCUUGGCGAAAGAAGGAUUGUGUGGUAUCGCCAUGGAUCCUUCUUAUCCCGUUGUUUGAAAAGCAUGAAGUAUUUAGACAAAGACGUUGAUAUUUAAGUGUGUAUAUGUCAUUUAUAUUGAACUUAUGUUAAAGUUACAUUGAUUAAAUGUGUAUUUAUAUCGGUCAAUCAAAAUGUAUAUAAACCUUGUAAAGAUCAAAAUAUAUAAACCUUGUAAAGUUAAAAGAAUUUAAUGUGAUUAUAUAUAAGGUUGC